UGCUCUACUCUUUCUGUUUGCUCCCGCCCCUACCCCGGAAGUGCUUUCUUGGGAAGAUGGCGGCUGUGUCAGUGUAUCAGCCACCGGUUGGAGGUUUCUCGUUUGAUAACUGCCGAAGAAAUGCCGUCUUGGAAGCCGAUUUUGCAAGGAAAGGGUUCAAGCUUCCAACGGCCCGGAAAACGGGAACGACCAUCGCGGGGGUGGUCUAUAAGGAUGGCAUAGUUCUUGGAGCAGAUACAAGGGCAACUGAAGGGAUGGUUGUUGCUGACAAGAACUGUUCAAAAAUACACUUCAUAUCUCCUAACAUAUAUUGUUGUGGUGCUGGGACAGCUGCAGACACAGACAUGACAACCCAGCUCAUUUCUUCCAACUUGGAGCUCCACUCCCUCUCCACUGGCCGCCUUCCCAGAGUUGUGACGGCCAAUCGGAUGCUGAAGCAGAUGCUUUUCAGGUAUCAAGGUUACAUCGGUGCAGCGCUAGUUUUGGGGGGAGUAGAUGUCACUGGACCUCACCUCUACAGCAUCUAUCCUCAUGGAUCAACUGAUAAGUUGCCUUAUGUCACCAUGGGUUCUGGCUCCUUGGCAGCAAUGGCUGUGUUUGAAGAUAAGUUUAGGCCAGAUAUGGAGGAGGAGGAAGCCAAGAAGCUGGUGAGUGAAGCCAUUGCAGCUGGCAUCUUCAAUGACCUGGGGUCUGGAAGUAACAUUGAUCUCUGUGUCAUCAGCAAGAGCAAGCUGGAUUUUCUCCGCCCAUACUCAGUGCCCAACAAGAAGGGGACGAGGUUUGGCCGAUACAGGUGUGAGAAAGGGACCACAGCCGUCCUCACUGAGAAAGUCACUGCCCUCGACAUUGAGGUGCUGGAAGAAACAGUCCAGACGAUGGACACUUCCUGAAUGGAGUCAGUGGAUGGUGCUUACGGCUCUGGAAGACUGGGGGCAGUGGAGGCUCCCCUGUAAGACAUUCAUUCGGCCAGUGUUUGCUGAAUGAAACCCAAUAAAAAAUGAAAACCA